UAUAGUACAUUUACUUCUUUCUCUCAGACAUGUUUUUUGCUCUGUUUUUGUUAUGUUAACAAUGUACAAAGGAGCAGCCGACCAAAGCUGCCUAAAUCUCCUUCACCUCUGCAACACUUUCUUCAAACUCAGACAAAUCCACGCGAAAAUUCUCAAACUUGGUGAUCAGAACAACCCUUUUGUCCUCACAAAAUUCACCUCCGUUUCUUCAGAGCUCAAUGCCAUCCACUAUGCUUGUUCUUUUAUUUUCUCCCCAGAAUCGGAGCCCCAUUUCUACGACACAUUCCUUUUCAACACUGUUAUUGAAGCUUACGCAAAGACUACUACUACUACCCAUUUUAAGCGCAGUGCUGUACGUUACUAUAAAGAAAUGCGAAGUCAUGGUAUCGAGCCCAAUAACUACACCUACCCUUUCGUUCUAAAGGCUUGUGCUGGCAUGGGGGACUUGAAUUUAGGCCAAACGGUUCACGGGUCGGUUACAAAACUCGGGUUCUGCGGCGAUGCCCAUGUUUUGCAUGCCACGAUUCACAUGUACUGCAGUUGCAGAAAUGGGAUCGAGUUCGCAGAAAAGCUGUUCGAUGAAAUGCCUAAGACAAAUUCGGUUUCUUGGAGCACAAUGAUAGGUGGGUACGUGAGAUGGGGAAUGUCGAGCGAAGCCAUUAAAUUGUUCAGAAGAAUGCAAAACAUCGGGCCUCGGCCAGACGAGAUCACCAUGGUGAUGGUGCUCUCUGCAUGUGCCGACUUGGGCGCCCUCGAGCUCGGGAGGUGGGCCCACGCCUACAUUGACAAGGAGAAGUUCGAGAUGAGACCCGAACUAUCCAAUGCGCUAAUUGACAUGUUUGCAAAGUGCGGAGAUGUCGACAGCGCAUUGAGAUUGUUCGACAAAAUGCCCGAGAGAAAGAGGAGUGUCGUUUCUUGGACUUCCGUUAUUUUCGGUAUGGCGUUGCACGGGCGUGGCUUGGAGGCCGUUUCGCUCUUCGAGGAGAUGACGAGAAACGGGGUAGUUCCUGACGACGUGGCGUUCAUCGGCUUGCUCACCGCUUGUAGCCAUUCUGGUUUAGUCGAAGAUGGAAAACGGUAUUUCGAUUCCAUGGUGAAUGAUUAUGGGAUUAGGCCUAGGAUUGAGCAUUACGGAUGCAUGGUGGAUUUGUUAAGCAGAGCUGGAUUAGUAAACGAGGCUGUGGAGUUUAUAGAUAAAAUGCCCGUCGCGCCAAAUCCCAUUAUCUGGCGAAGCUUGAUAUCUGCAUGUAGAGCUCAAGAUCAGUUGAAUCUUGGAGAAAGAAUAACAAAGGAUCUUAUCUCGAACGAGCCAAUGCACGAGGCUAACUAUGUUCUACUUUCUGGAAUUUACGCGAAAAUGUCGAAUUGGCAAAAGAAAACCACAGUUAGAGAAGAAAUGGGGAAGAAGGGAAUUAGAAAAAUUCCGGGAUGUACUAUGAUUGAGCUCGAUAACGGGAUUUAUGAAUUUGUCGCAGGUGAUAAAUCGCACGGAGAAUACAGAAAGAUUUACGAAAUGGUUGAUGAAAUGGAGAAGAAGAUUAGAGGAGCUGGAUAUGUUGUUACAACAAAGAAUGUGUUGCUCGAUAUUGAGGAAGAAGAUAAAGAGGGUGCUGUAAAUAAGCACAGUGAGAAGCUGGCUAUUGCUUUUGGGCUCAUGAAGACGAGUCCUGGUUCGACUAUUAGAAUUGUGAAGAAUUUACGAGUUUGUGAUGAUUGCCACUCUGCUACGAAGCUUAUAUCGGUGAUAUAUAAACGGGAUAUUGUCGUACGCGAUAGGAACCGGUUUCAUCACUUUAAAGAUGGAUUGUGCUCGUGUAACGAUUUCUGGUAAAAAAAAAUGUGAUGCUA